ACUUGUUUUAAAUAAAGACUUGUUUUAAAAUUUUUAAAAAUUCUGCCCCCCCUCCCCUCCACCUGAUUGCUGUUAAUGUGUUUCCCCCAUUGGUCAGAAGGGAGGUGGGUGCGGCUAAAGCCACGCCCCCAGCAGGCCGACGAUUAUAAAGACGCUCCGUGGAGGAACCGAAGGAUCGACGUUACCCGGCGCCUUGUUGAAAGUCAGACGUCUCCGUAUGGGCAGAGGAGGAACGGUGUGUGUGUGUGUUCUCAGCUUUAAGUCGCAUUUCUUCUACACAGAGACGGGUUAAGGGCACAACAUGGCUGCAGCCGAUGCAAUGCUGCCCUCCACAACUUCCUUUCCCGCCGAUAUGCAACAGAUGGAUGAGAAACCGACUGUCAACCAGCUGUGGAAGAUGGGUGAAGGUGAGAGGUGCGCGACGUCGUGCAGGGCAGACAUGAACCCGCUCAUCGAGGUGGAGUUCAGCAUCGUCCAGUCUCCUGCGCUCCCCCCCAGUAUCAAAGAGGAGGACGAUCUGGGCAAAUUCCUGGACCUCGAGUUCAUUUUGUCCAACACCAUCUGUUCCGAGACUCUGGGUCACAACGCCAACGAGGCGUCUCCGCCGCAGCAGGUCUGCUCCUAUUCCCUGCCGGAGUCACCGGAGAGCUGCAGCAACACCUCGCCGCCGGAGAGCUGCGAGGCCGCCGGUCAUUACAGCGACCCCAGCCCCGUCCGCUGCAGCAUGAUGGCGGAGCUGCUCACCCCGGACAUAAACUACCCGGGGGAGAGUUUGCAAGACGCCAGCUGCCGACAGGAGUACACUGAGCUGCAAGCGUUGAGCCAAGUCACCUCUGCGCACCUCCAAGUGCCGACGCGUCCAUCAGGACUGGGAUUCAAAGUCAAAACGGAGGCUUCGGAGGUGCAGCCGUGCAUGCUGGCCAAUGCGUGCGGCGACUUUGUGGGACAAAUGUACGACCAGAGACAGCAGAUGCGCGCCAUGCACCCGUCCGCCUUUACGCACCACCAGACGCAUGCCGCGCAGGAUUUUGGCGCGCACGCCGUGCAGCACGCCCCGCUUUCGGUGCGCAAAGACUGUCAUGCGGCCGGAAUGAACAUCAGCGACCAUCAUUUCCGCAACCAGACCCACAUGCCCCACUACCUGAACGCACCCUACCUGCAGCAGUACCCGCAUCAGGGCGCAGCUCCGUAUAACAUGUACAGAGAGAGCUUAUACGUGCACCAGCAGCAUCAGCCUCCGUCCAUGCAGGGGAUGAUGCUCACGCCUCCGUCAUCGCCCCUGCUGGAGUUUUACGCGCCGGAGGACGGCGGGGUGAAGCCGAAGAGGGGGCGCCGCGGGUCCUGGGCGCGGAAACGCGCAGCGACGCACAGCUGCGAGUUCCCCGGCUGUGGGAAGACGUACACCAAGAGCUCCCAUCUGAAAGCCCACAUGAGGACACACACAGGUGAAAAGCCAUACCACUGCAACUGGGAAGGCUGCGGGUGGAAAUUCGCCAGGUCCGAUGAGCUGACGCGUCACUUCAGGAAGCACACGGGACACCGGCCCUUCCAGUGUCACCUGUGUGAGCGGGCCUUCUCUCGCUCCGACCAUCUCGCCCUGCACAUGAAGAGGCACAUGUGAAGGAGUGAAAAGCCAUGGCUGGCCCAAGCAGAAUGUGGGGCCCUAAGCAGAAUGCCCCCCCCCCCUCCAAAAAAGUGUCCCAGUACCUCAGAUCGGCCUUGGUGAAAGGAUACUUGUCAGUGUAAAUUUGUGUAUACGUGAUUUGAAUUUCGCUUUGGUUAAGUUAUAGCGAUGCAGUAUUUAAGACGGGUUGACUUGCUCUGUCAUGUGAAUAAGUUAUUACAUUUCUCAGCGAGUGCCUUAAGGAAGACAGAUUUGCUUUCUUGAACACUAGUACAGGUGGGCGGGUCCCAUCGUCUUUGUACAUAUACAGAUUUUUACACGUGUUUACAACGUUUUAUAGGUUUUAUACCACUCCUAUCAGGACAGGGUACGCAUUGACAAAGUUGUUUUCUAUUUCUUCGUGUUGUCGGUUGACGCGGUGUUGAGGACAAAGUGUGUUUCGCAGUGUGAGCUGCAUUUCAGGCGAGUUUGAUUGAAGGCUCAUUUGACAAGUUCUCUCAUACCUGGGACGAGGUCUUUUAGUGUGUUUCUGUCGUGGCGAUUCAGUUUAAGCUUCGGGAAGUCGAGAGGUUUGGGAAUCAGCUAAAACUGUUCAGAACAAUUAUCUUAUCACAAGCAAUUACUUAUUCAUUUAACUAGAUACCAGAAGGUUUUGUGUUUUUGUAAGUUUUUUUUUUAAUUGUGUUUGAAAGAGAAUAUACUGAGAGUUGAAACUGAAAGUUGUCUUUAUGCAUGCUCAAUAGUCCAGGUAAGGAAAUAACCAAGUUGAGAGAAAAGCUUCAUCGCUCAUCUAAGUGGCGUCUUCAGUCUCAGUGUUUGUAUUGGCUGCUUGGCCCCAACUCAGCUGUCAGGGGACAGACCGAGCAGCAGCUUCCUGGAAGAACAGGAUUUGGACAGAUGCACCAUACUCUGAGAGUACAAAUUGUCUCAACAGCUUUUUUUUUGUAUUAUGCAAACAAGGUUUGGUAAAGAUGUACAAUUGUGAAGCGAUUUGCAAUGACAAUAAAGUUUUGGAAA